CUUCAAGGCCAAUCCAAAGUGAAGGUUAUCUGCAGGCAGAGAGAAACGAUGGUUAGGGGGAAGGUGCAAAUGCGACGAAUUGAGAACCCUGUCCAUAGAAGGGUAACCUUCUCCAAGCGCCAGGAAGGACUACUCAAGAAGGCAAGAGAACUCUCAGUGCUUUGUGGUGCUGAUGUAGGUGUCAUCAUAUUUUCCUCUACUGGGAAGGUCCAUGAUCUGGCAACUAAUGGAAAUAUGCAAAGCUUGGUAGAGAGGUACCAGAGCAUCGCAGCAAGAGGUCAAAUGGAAAGCAAGAACCUACGAAGCCAGGUAACAGAGCAAUGGAUUUCCUUGCUAAGGCAUGAGAUAGGUCAACUACAGCAUGGUUUAAGGUCCACUGGAGGGGGUCAAGGGGACAUGAGACUGGAUAGACUGCAUAUGCUAGAGAAAGGUCUUGAACUAUGGUAUUGUCAAACACGCUCCACAAAGAUGCAGAUCAUGCAGCAAGAAAUUCAAGUUCUUAAAAAUAAGGAAACCAUACUUAAAUCAGCAAACGAAAUUCUUCAGGAGAAGGAAGGUAUAUUGAAAGCAGCUAAUGAAAUUCUCCAAAACAAGGUGAACGAACAGAAUCAAUUUAUGAACAACUGCUCAGCCUUUUCUGGAUCUUCAUAUUCAACACAUUACGAUGCAAAUGAGAGUUGCUUAUUUACAAUAUAAUCAUUCUGAAAUGAUAGUUGUUGCCAGUAUUUGGCGUGUUGUCUGUAGGACAUGUUUAUCCAUGGUUUUUUAUCAUUCAGGUUUCAGACAGCACGUUGUACUGAAUAACACAUAUGCAUUGUAGGGUACUGUAUUCUGUAGUUGUCUCAGUUCCCACCAGUUGCUGGAAAUACUUUUGCAAUAUAAUUAUCUAAGUGUGAAGAAAAGUUUUACGAA